AUUCUAUUAACCCCGCCCUUCUGCAGAGAGAACGGGAGCUCCAUUCAAACAAACCAAACUCCGCGCCCCGGGAUGCGACAGUCGCUGUAAAAGCAGAGUGAGGCGGCAUCUGCGGCAGCGGGACUAAAGAGCACGAUUUAGCCCUGAAACUACAGCCUCCACAUCAACGGACAGACAGAAACACAGACAGACGGACAGCAAGCAGCCGGAACACUCUCUCCCUCCCUCUCUCUCUCUCUCUUACUCUCUCUCUCUGUCUCUCUCUCUCUCUCUCUCUCUCUCUCUCUUUGAGCGCAGUCUACCAGCAGGUGGCUAACGGCUAACGGCACCAACAUGGCGAGCGCCUCGUACCACAUCUCCAACCUGCUGGAGAAAAUGACAUCCAGUGACAAGGAUUUCAGGUAAGACACGGCCUCGCCGCCCGAGAAUAGCUCAACAUUAAAUAUUAAACGCGCUAACUGAAAUGUCCGCGGUGUUAAAUGCAGUCUCCUGCCAGGCCUCGAGCUAACAUGCUAGCUGCUAGCCUGCCACCUGUCUGAUCAACGUCACAUCGCUAGCUGACUCGUUAGCCCACAUUACUUGAUGGCAUUUAACUUGACAGCCCUUUAAACAAUCAUUGAUAUCUGAUGAGCACGCUAACCUGCUGCAUAUAGUCCAAACCGACUAUUUGGUUGCAGGUAUAUACCGCCUCUUAGCAUUUAGCUCAACCGGCUGGCUCACUAACUUCUGUCAUACCGCAAGCUAGCGUGAUGUAAGCUAGCCUGUGAGUGUAUGAAUGCAUGCCAUUCAUCAGCUUUAAAUGUGUGUGUGUGGUCGUAGUGAACUCAUCUGCAGCUGUAUAUUCAGUUUUUGCUCCAACACUUGAUAUUGUUUUGUCAUGUCACCUGAGUAGCAUGAUGUUCUGGGGGUGUGGUAGCGUUAGCAUAGUGAGGCUAACAGGGUAAUAACAUGUAAACAGACAGUAGCAGGUUACAGCUGCAGACAGCUCAGACACAGGCGUGUAAGGACAGGAUGCGACUGUUUUACAAGGUUUAAUCCCCCCUUUUAACGUCGAAGAGUUUCGCUUUCUCUAUAUUUUUGGAUUUUGCAUUGAUCAAUUAUAGCAAUUAAAGGGAUAUUCCGGCGUAAAAAUAAUUUAGGGUCAAGAGUCAAGAGAUGAAUUUUGCCGACUGCUUGCUUCUCUAGUUUUACCAACUUUAGGAACGACCGCACAAUAGCAAUACACAGCAGUUUACUGAUCCAUGCGCACACCUCAACACCACUCUAUAGCCACAAAUAAUGCUCAGAACAGCACCUAACUUCAUCAACAGUAUAUAUAGGGUCCUAGCUAUAUCACUAGCCACCAAACAUCUUUUUAACUUUGCCUAAUUUCUUUAGUAAAGAGACUAAACACAACUCACCCACUCUCUUCCAGCAGCCGCUUGUUUGUAGCAAGACCUCAGGCCAGUCCAUUACGGACCGCAGCGGGGUGACGCAGCUCAAGGAACAACAUUUAUGAUAAUUUCUUCAGACCGAGACGCUAAGGCAGAAGAACUACUGAGUCUGCAGUGCAAAAUAAUUAAUAUGGUGAUAAUAACUUCAAGAAAAUGAUAAAGCAAUGAUCAUAAAUGUUCUUCCUUGAGCUGCGUCCCCCCGCAGCAGUCCGUAAUGAACUAAGCCGAGGUCUCGCUACAAACAAACGGCUGCUGGAAGAGAGUAGGUGAGUUGUGUUUCAUUUUUUUGCCAAAAAAAAUCAGCCAAAGCUGAAAAGAUGUUUGGUGACUAGUUCUGUGGCUAGGACCCUAAAUGUACUGUUGAUGACGUUAGGUGCUGUUCUGAGCAUUAUUUCUGGCUAUAGUUUGUGUAUAACUAUCCUGCGGUCGUUACUAAAGUUGGUACAACUAGAGAAGCAAAUGGUCGGCAACAUUCAUCUCUCGACGGGGUGUCUAACUUGGUGUAUGGUGCCUUAAGAUGAAAACUUGGACCGGCACAGUGGUGUAGUGCUUAGCACUUUCGCCUCACAGCAAGAAGGUCCUGGGUUCAAAUCCAGCUCAGGGCGUUUCUGUGUGGAGUUUGCAUGUUCUCCCUGUGUCUGCGUGGGUUUACUCUGGUUUCCUCCCACAUCCUAAAAACAUGCAGGUUAGGUUAAUCGGCCACUUUCAAAUUACCCGUAGGUGUGAAUGUGAGCGUGGAUGGUUGUUCGUCUCUAUAUGUCAGCCCUGCGAUGUAUUGGUGACUUGUCCAGGAUGUCCCCUGCCUUCGCCCGAAGAUGCUGGGAUAGGCUCCAGCCCCCCCACGACCCCUAACGGGAAUAAGCGGUAGAAAAUGGAUGGAUGGAUGAAAACUGCAGAGGCAAUCAUUAUGAGACAACUUGCAAGCCAUGCACAGAAAGCUUUAAACUUGGUCAAACACUGACCUGCCAUCAAAUUACAAACAGCUGGGAAAUCUAAUGCAACCCAAACCAGCAGCUCUGGCGUAAAUUCCACCCCCAGGAAGCUCCUGGAUUUUCAGUUUUUGUUGCCAUGAUCAGGCAGGUGGUUAUUGUCCUUCCUAGUGUUUCAGUUGCACCUCUUUGUAAAGUUUAUGAAGUAACAUUCAUGAUGAAACAAUAAUGAAGAAAUCUGAUGCUCGACCGUCCUCUGUCUCUCUCUUUGUCUUGUUUGUCUCUUUCUUAGUAUUUCUAAAUCAAUCACUUUGUCAAAUCUUGCACAAAAAAGUAAAGACUAUAAGGAGAGAGAGGUGGAGUUUUGAUAAUAUAGUAUAUUAUAGUAAAGUGUAUAUAUUUAGGUGUAAAGUGCACUUAAAUACUUUAUUGAGAAAAGUAGUCGUCAAACAUUGAUGUUACAAAUAAUUUCUGAUGAUAUUUUUUUAGUUACGUCUCACUCAGCCCUGUAAUAGUACCUUCUUAACACACAAAUGUCUGGCUUUUUAUCAUAGGAUUCUCUGAGCAUUACACCAUGAAAAGCAACAGUUUUAGACACUUUCAGUAGAAGCUUUAUACUCUAAGUUCAUAUUGAAUAUUUGCUAACAGUGUCAAAAAUUGGGUCUAUUCUGUUUCAAAAUCUGUCUUCCAAUCAAGUAUUUGGAGGCAGCAUUACGUUCAUGUUUACAUUUUAAAGAGUUGGCAUGAUUGCACACACUCUGCAUGCACAUUGAUCAGUUAGGUAUUGAAAUAUAUUUUAGAUCAAUGAUUGGAAAUAAGAAAAUGUGCAGAUACAAAUCAGCUUUUGCGAGAUGAGUGACAGUGAUUGUUGGUGUUUCUGAAUCAUGGUAAUGUAUUGUUUCCUCUUUGUAUGGCGCAGAGUGAUAAACUGUGUUCAGAUAAUGGUUCUUCAAUGUGGUGUCCUGACAAUCACAGCCAUCUGGUAUUGGUUUUGGUUCUUGUCCCCUUGUCCCGCUCCUGGAUGUUUGAAUGAGAUGUUUUAGUGGUUUGUGUGGGAGGUCUGGAUAUCCUUUCGAGGUUGUUGUGGUUAGUGAAAAAGUCGUAACGCUCCUGAAAGUGCUUCCAGUGGUCAUGUAUACAUUCUUACGGUCCUUCAGAUGUCUGUUUCUGCAGCUGAAUGUAGAUGUGGUCUGCUGUAACAAAGCUGUAAUCUUAAGUGCUUUAGGAAGUCAAUCAAGGGUCAAACAAUGUGCCAACUGUUGUUAUAAAUACUCCACAUGUCCUCUCUCUUUCUUUAUAAUGAUUCCUGAUUAGUAUUUGCAGCUUUUCAUAGAUAAUAAAACUACAAAAAUAUUUUUUAGUCUGGAAGAUGGACAAAUUUAAGAGCAUAAUUUAUGCUGGACAUAAGCAAAAUCUCAGAUUAAUUCAUUGUGAAGUCGUUGUUCUUUUGCUGCCUCAGCUCUUCUCUUUUUUUAUUCUGUUAUAAGUAAUUUUGCAAGUAUAUUUUUAAACUUAUCACAGUCUCUGUUUGGAUGCUCCUGCAGAAAUAAUAAUAUUCUCUCCAAGGAGUGCACAAAGAGAUGUUAACAGCUAGAGCUCAAGGUAAAUGACACAACUGAACAUCAUCGUCUGAUAUCACUGGUGUAAAAAUGAAAUACCUCGUCUAACAAGGAUUAAACAGACAUGAAGGUGCAAUAAAUCUAAUUAAGUGGGAUCUAUACUAAUUUCGCUCAUCUGUUCAGGCCAGAUGCACGAGAAAAAACAGCUUGUAAAUCAGUGGAAAUGAAGUGGACACCCUGUUCUUUGUGAUGGAUCAACUGCCUGAAGCCAAAUUCAAGUCUCUGCCUGCUGGUUCUUUGAGGGGAAAAAACGGAAAUCUGUGGCUGUGGCUCUGUGGAGGAUUUGAGUCAAUUUUAGAGCUGAUGGCAUGGCUUUGAAACGAAUGUCUACUGUGACAUUAAGUUAAUUAAUAAAGUACAAGUGAAGUAAAUGGAGCUCCCUUUUUUGUUUAUGUAGUUGUAAACUUUGUUCGUUUACAGUUUGGGUGGAUAAUCCUCAGCACUUGGAGGCUCACGAUAUUUGUAGUUUCAUGAUAUAACACUGUAUCCUGAGAAUUAGUUUUGUUGCAUCUUUUCUGUAGAAGUUUGCAGAUCCAAACAGGCUUUUGUCAUCAGUGGUUGUGGAUCACAUUUAUUAAUGAACGAUGUAGCUUUAACCUGCACUUGUAGAUGCAGGAAUGAUUUGUGUUCACAGACAGUGGAUUUAGAUGUAAUUCAGGAGCCAAUGCAGUAGGGGUGGGAAAAAAAAAUCGAUUCACAUAAGUAUCACAAUUUUUUGCUUUGCAAUAUUUAAAUAGAUUUUUUUUCGUUCAAACGCAAUUUCUUUGUUCAUAAGUCGAUUUUUUUUUUUCAAAUUUAAGAAUAAAUCUUAAAAACUGACUUACAUGUGAUGUGUAUUUUUUUAGGGAAAUACGGUUCCUGGAGUACCGUUUUUUUCGCACUAUAAGGUGCACCUGAUUAUAAAGCGCACCAGAUUAUAAAGUGCAUUAAGCCAAACAAAACAGUCAGAUAAGUCAAACUUUAUGCAACUUAUUCAAUAACUCCGCGAGGCUACAGUAGCUGCAGUGCUCCGACAGGCCAAAAGGAUUUUAAGUGCACCUUUAUAGUGCGAAAAGUACGGUAGUCAGUAGACAAUCGUAAUCAUUAAACUGUUUCACUGGUGUUCAAAAUGCAGACUAAAAAUUGAGAAAAUCGACAAUAUCAUAGCAUUGCAAUUUAUCGGCAUCCAAAAAAUCGUAGAAGACCAGAAUCAGGAGAAAAGCAUAUCGUCCCAGCCCUGCCAUGCAGUGAUUUCUACUACAGAGUUAUGUCUGUUUUGAGUGCAGUGAAGUGUUGGUUUUGGUCCCUUUUUACAGAGAUUUCUCAAGAUCCUCUGAAUCUUUUUAUGAUAUAUGUAUUUAAUGUACUGUAGAUUAGUUAUUCACCAGUAUCCCAGUCUAUACUAGUUGGCCGAUGGCUUAUACAUGACACUGAUAUCACAUUGUUGAAUUUUUUUUAAUGAUGCUAACACAUGAGAAACAAAAGAGCUGAACUUGAAUAAUUUUUAUUUAUCAAAUAAAGGUGAAUGGAUACAGCUAUGUAAAGCACUUGAAAAUUGAAACGGUUGAACCGUUAACUCACGCAGUCUCUCACAGAGUGGUGAACCUCUUCUUAUCUUUCCCUCUAAAAGACUCAGCCUCUCUGAUGGUCCUUUUUAAAAAAAUACCCAGUCACAUUACUAACCCAGUGGUUCUCAAGUCCAGUCCUCGAGGCCCACUGUCCUGCAUGUUUUGGAUGUUUCCCUGCUCCAACACACCUGACUCAAAUGAUCAGCUCGUUAUCAAGCUCUGUAAUGGCUUCAUAACGAGCUGAUCAUUUGAAUCAGGUGUGUUGGAACAGGGAAACAUCCAAAAUAUGCAGGACAGUGGGCCUCGAGAACUGGACUUGAGAACCACUGUACUAAACUUUGCAGUGUUGUAGUCUAGUGGUAGUUCACUCUUGGGUUGAGUUUGGUGGCGUCUAAUAGCUAAAUAAAGCAGCUUUUUCAAAAGUUUGAUAAAAUCUUACUCAUAAUUUACCAGUUUAGACCAGCAUUAUCUUUUUCUGCAGGUUAAAUUAAUGGAUUUGUUUUGGAGGGACAUGAGGGCUGUUUCUUUCCUCUCUCAGAAGAGAGUCUGUCUCUCUAUUGUCCUCAUGGUCUUAUCAGUAUUCAAGCGUGCCAGCUGAAAAAUACGAGCUUUUAAAAGACAGACUUGAUGCAACUGUUUCAAAGUCAUUACAGCCCGUUUAGCUUCUGCAGGCUGGAGUUGUUUUCCUAAGCUUUGGUUUCCCCCUCAGGUUAUAUAGACCCUAAAUUCUGUUAAAACAAGUCUCAGGUUUGAAGUGAACUGAUUUCCCUUUAAGCAGAGAGGAGGACGUAAAAACCUUCAUGUUAACAGAUAAAACUGGGAGCCAUCAGCCUCUUCUCUAAGCUGCUGGAGGACGAUCACAGCUCAGCUAAUCAGUUUCAUCGGCCCUGACAGCCGCCGUCUCAGUGCCAGAAAUCUGUGAAAUUGUGAGCUUGUCAGUAUCCGCUCCUGUCGCUGUAGAAAGAGCUGCUGACCCCGCACGAGAAAAGCCCGACGAGUCAUUUCAGUCCUGAUCUGAGCGCUUUAAUACUGCGCCUGUAUCAGCGGCGGCUCUGCAGGAGAGAUAAUUAAACUCCCGCUUUUAGGUGAUGUGUCUCUGCUCUGAACUCCAGCAGCGUGUUUCCUCUCUGCAGACUUAUUCGGCUGUCAAACAGAUCCAAAUUGCUUUUCUAAUUUUACUGUGUGCUCUGAGGCGGCGAAGGAAAACACAAAUAUAGGAUCGGACACGCUCGCAGCAGCAGAUGUAACUUUGGAUUAAAACCCUUGGAUCUGAAAUAAAACAUUUAAGAGGGUUUUCCUCUGAAGAAAUAAUGUCAUCAUUAUCCUAAAACAGCUCGUUUGUCACCAGAGAGAAGAAAAAUGACCUCAUUUUCUAUAUUUACUCUCUGAGAAAGUCAGCAGUAUCUGGGUUUAAACAUCGAUAUUUUGGUUUCUCUAAAAGCUAAUAGAGGAAAUUUAGGAGUCCCACAGAAGCGCAGUCAUUUUUCAGCCCUGAGCUCUGACUGUCAGGCUGCACAUCAGAUAGUGAAGGUUAAGCUGAGAAGACACUGUAUGAUAUAUUUUAAUCAGCUUUUGCAGAAAGUACUGAACCUGAUCUCUGCUCUUAUAUAACUCUUUAAGUGAGGUGACAGCCUGCCACAAGUGUGGCGUUCAGGGUUAUUGCUCAAGUCACUUUAAUAGAAAAUAAAUGAACGCCUUGCAGCAUCACAGGCAGGAUAUCUUUGUACUAGGGCUGCCCUAUGAUGGCAAAAAUCAUGAUCACGUUUAAAUCGUUACCCAUAAAGGUCCUUACACACCAGGACCGAUGCAAAAUUACGAAAUAUUCAGAGGCGAAUUUUGACGUGCCUGACUAUACACAUCAAGCCCGAUGCGAUUUUGCGACUUUCCGGGGGGGAAAUGACGUGUCCCGGGUGGAAGCGAGAAGACUGACACAACAGCAGACUGAGUGUUUUUCAGUUCUGAUUAGACUCUAGUGUUGAGAUGUCUGUCUGUCAUGAUAGCAUGUACUGAGUCGGGGCCAGUACCAGAUAAGCACAUUAAACUAUAAUCCAUAAACGUAAGGUAACAACCGAGACCUAAUGGUGCUGUGACAGCAACAUGAUUGAGUUUGAGACAGUGAAAAUACAUAUGGUAUGUUGUAUCUGAACAGGUUAGCCUAUGAGCUAAAGUUACUUAGCACAGAUGAAAGUUAAAACAAAGACGUUUAGCAAACUGUUAAAACACACAAACCAUCGUCAUAUGAGAAAUCCGACGCUAUGACUCUCCACAAGUUGUCCUUCAGGUUGUUAUCUUUGCAGUAUUUGUGUUUUUCAUCAAAAAUCACUCUGUUCUCCAACACGUAAUCAAUCAGCCAUGUUGGAUAUACCGGUGAAUCAGACGUCACAACAACACGCAAUCUGAUUGAUCAGAAGUGGACACACAGUAUGCAAAACUUCUGAAAAAAUAAAUGCCGCAAUAUCGCAGGACGGGAAAACAUUGCUGAUGUGAACGCUUGUAUUGACAGGAUACGAGUUCGAAAAAAAUAUUGACGUCCGAAAUAAUCGCACAAAAAAAACGGUCCUGGUGUGAAAGGACCUUUGGGCCAUCAAUCACCCAGCUUUUGAAUGAUUAGGUUGUUUUUACCCUGAAUUGUUGGACUCAUGGGUGGUGAUUUGUGUGGGUCCAGAGAAACCAGAUGUCAGAUAAAAUUUUGUUUCUGGGGAAAUUGUGGCGAUAAACUCUGGUUUGCCAUUGGGAUAGUUGAGAGUAAAUAAGAGAUAAACAGAAAUUAAUGUAUAUUCAAGAGUCACAUUUGCAUGAUAAACAGAAUUCCUAUCAAACUGUUUCCACAGUCACACAAAUAGUGCUGAAAUAAAUUAUCGGAGUUAACCACGAAAUAGUAUCAGUGUUUUCUCUUUUUGCUCUGCAGCACUUCUUUCUACAUGUUUUUGUCUCUGCUCAGAAAAAGCAGGUCAUAGCUCAUGGCAGAAGAGAGGAUUUUAAACAUGUGAGAACCACAUAACCUACAUAUUACCUCCAGGAAAAGAUCACAGAAGAGAUAAGACACUCCUCCGAGAGUGCAUGGGACUGAAAAAAAUACACACAAAUGUGAAGGAUUUCACAGAAAUGACUCACGUCACACAAAGGAGCUGAAAACCGUGUGUGUUUUUAAGAAGCUUGAAGGAUUUUCAAAGCAACAAAAUAACCUGGAGUAUCCGUUGAAAGAGUGAUAACAGUGCAUAGAGUUCAGACUUUUUGUUUUUAGCACAGGCAUGUUGUUUCUUUAUUUCUUUUUUUCAUUUUUGGAGUGAGAAGCGACAUUGUUGAGAAAAUAAAUGCAAUAUUCACAAAAAGAGUUGGUGGACACGGGCCCUAAUGCCGCCCUGGUUUCAUGUCAUCUCUGUUGUUUUCUGAUUCGUUCUUGUGUUUGUUGAACAGUCACCGUUAGAAAUAAAUCCUGAUUUACUCCAUGAAAUAUUCCAUAAAUUACUCACAGACUGUACAGCAGCUCCACUGUUUUAUCCAUCAUUGAAGACCUUUUUCUCUGUUAACAGCUGCGGUAAAGCGAGUGAUCUGACUCCUCAGCAGCUUUGAGUCUUCAAUAAAUUGAUCGUCGACAUUUUUCUGAUUCCUCCGCAGGUUUAUGGCCACAAAUGACCUGAUGACGGAGCUACAGAAAGACUCGAUCAAACUGGACGACGACAGCGAGAGAAAGGUUGGUUUCGUAACCGUUUUUAACACUUCUCUCUCCUCUGUGUUUUUAAUGACUGAUCUAUUAUUUGAUUGAUGCAUUGAUUGACAGGUGGUGAGGAUGAUUCUCAAACUGUUGGAAGACAAGAACGGAGAGGUUCAGAACCUGGCUGUCAAAUGGUAAAAAACAAAAGAUAUCAUUUCCAAAUUGUGUUUUUUUCAUACAUGAUUCUGUGUUAAAUGAAUGUUUGAACUGUUGGUGCGUUUGUUUCGUUCAGCCUGGGGCCCCUGGUCAGUAAGGUGAAGGAGUACCAGGUGGAGACGAUCGUGGACACUCUGUGCACCAACAUGCUGUCAGACAAAGAGCAGCUCCGAGACAUUUCCUCCAUUGGACUCAAAACUGUGAUCGGAGAGUUACCGCCAGCCUCUAGUGGUACAAAAACGACAACUACACAAAUAAAACUUAUAAAUACUGAACAAAAAACCCACAAAUAUGCUACAGACACUUCUUAAAAAUGUUAAGAAGUGUCUCCUACUUGUGGCACUUUUACGACAAUAUUUAAGUUUUUAUUCCAUUUCCAUCCCUCUCAGGCUCUGCUUUAGCUGCCAGUGUUUGUAAGAAGAUAACAGGUCGUCUGACAAGCGCCAUCGCCAAACAAGAAGACGUGUCGGUGCAGCUGGAGGCGCUUGACAUCAUGGCUGACAUGCUUUGCAGGUACGGCACCUGUGCGUCUGUUUGUGUUUCUAUAACGCCUCCAGAAGCAAGUUUAAUCCUCGGCGAGGGGACGUAUCGGUGUAACUGCAAAACAACAAUCACUCAGUUCAAGACGACGUCACACAAACACAGACUGUGACUUUAAAUCAGUUUGAAUUUUGAUCGUCAGAACAAGUGGCAAACAGGAAAAUCAAGGAAUCUGAGAUGUUUGUGUCGUCGUCUUUUACCAACUUUAGCACACUGUUUCCUUAAAUGUUAAAGUGUCAGUGUGAAAAAUACAGUUUUUUUUUUUGUACAAAACAUUUUUGAAGAGUUGAAAUUAUGCCUGAAUCAGCAAAGGAUCUAACAUGAAAACAACUUAAAACUCGAACACAAAAGAGGCUUAAAAUAUUAGGAUCAUUAUUCAUCUGGGUUUAAAUCUUCAGUUUUAUUUUGUGAUUCUCUAUUUUAAUUUUGUGGACAACAAUGUGAUAUUUUACUGAUAUUACAAAGUCUGCCUAAAAAGUGUUUUAGGGUCUGUGUUUGAUCUCAGACAAGUUUUAACCUUUAACCCAUGAAGACCUGAAGCCUGUCUGAGACACGCCUCUGAAAUCCUGAGGCCAUUUUUGAGAAGGGCCACCAGAUCCUGAGGUUUUCUGAAGUGUUGAGGUUUACAAGAAAGCUGAUAUCUCGGCCUCUGUAGCAGAUAGAAACAACAUUUAAAAGUAUUUGAGAGCUUAAACAUGUGGCUUUCAAGAGAAUUACCUUUUAUUUUUCCAAACCUUCAUCACAUUAUUGAAAACCUUGAACAAAAAAACUCAAAUAAAUUAAAGUGGCUGUAUAAAUAAAAGUAAAGACUCUGCACCAGAGAAUAACAAACUGUUUGCUUUCUGUAAAACAAGUGGCAGUCAUGAUAAAGUGUAAAUAUAUAAAAAAUAAACUGUUGAAAGGGUAUACAGCUGCCCUAGUAUGGUGCCGGUACAAAAACAGUACUAAAAACAAAAAAAAUACAUAAAUACGUGGCUGACAGUGUGUUCAUGUCUGUGCUCACCCAAAGACAUACAACACUCACAGAAAACACAGAGUGCGAGCCAAAGCUCUCAAUAUAAAGAGGUCGUUCACACUGCUGGAUGUUUCUCAUCCGAAGCUGCUCUCUGCCUCCGUCAUUGUUUACUUUCCUCACGAAGCACGUAGCAAGAUCCGAGCAUGAAUCAGAUCGCUUUGUUAAGUUUCAGAUCAGAGGCAGACUGGUAUGAUGAUUUGAUUCUACAGAAAUGAUCGAAAAACUACAGAAUGUUACGAAAUGACGCAGCCGUGCUCCUGGCUCAGAAGGUAGAAAUGCGCACAUGCUGUCCCAGUUUAAAUAGGUUAACACCAUCAGUGACAAUUUUGUUGCUGGUGGUGGUGGUGGGAGAUUUUCUGUUUUUUUUUCUGCCAACCACAUUUCUGAUUAACCUCCUGCAACAUGAGGAUGAAUGUGAUAAGCAGUAUCUUUAGAAAGCAUGCCUUCUUUCUGUCUUCAGUUUGUAUCUAAAACCUCCAGACUUCUCCUGCCUCUUUACUGCACCCUUACAUGUUUUAAAAAAAAAAGCAACAAAACAUUAAAGAGGGUGUGGUCCAGCUCUUAAAUCAGACAUGUUAUUUUGAGCUUGAGUAAAAGGAAAGAGAUUCAGUGUGAUGGGUGUCUCCCUCCAGAAACAGAAAUCUCUGCUCUGUUUUAUAAGUCAUAUUUUUUUGUCUGUAGAUUUUCUCAGGGUUGAAACAUUCAGGGAUUAACUUCCUUCUCGUCUCUCUCUGCAGACAGGGAGGUCUGUUGGUGAACUUCCAUCCCUCCAUUCUCAGCUGUCUGCUCCCUCAGCUCACCUCCCCCAGACUGGCUGUCAGAAAGGUGAGGCUGACCUCUGACCUCUGAACUUGCAGCAUCAGUUAGUGUUCCCGCUGUUGUGUUUGACAGCUGUGGCCUCUCACCCUGUGUGUGUUUUAGAGGACCAUCAUGGCUCUGGGUCACCUCGUCAUGUCCUGCGGGAACCUGGUCUUCAUUGACCUGAUUGAGCACCUGCUGACCGAGCUGGGGAGGAAUGAUAACAUGUCGACCACCAGGACCUACAUCCAGUGCACGGCGGCCAUCAGCAGACAGGCCGGACACAGGAUCGGUGAGACAAACAACAUCACAGAGCUUAGGUUUCAUUUUUCCUGUGCAGUUUUGACUCAUUGUGUUUGUGUUCUUCAGGAGAGUAUCUGGAGAAGAUCAUCCCUCUGGUAGUGAAGUUUUGUAACGUUGACGAUGAUGAGCUCAGAGAGUACUGCAUCCAGGCCUUCGAGUCCUUCGUCAGGAGGUAACACACCCACAGAAACACUUUAUUAAAAUACUGCAGCAUUUGUGUUUUUCCUGUUUAACCUCCAUAAUGUUGAUUCCCCUCCAGGUGUCCCAAAGAAGUUUACCCCCACGUCCCCACCGUCAUCUCUAUCUGCCUGCGCUACCUGACCUACGACCCCAACUACAACUUUGAUGAUGAAGACGAGGACGACAACGCCAUGGAUGCGGAGCAGAACGACGAAGACUACCAAGGUACCGACAUUUUUUAACUUGAAUCUUUUGUAACUUCUGCCAAACAACUUAAAACCUUUUGAAGGAUAUUGUUAUGAAAGAAUCACCAACAUGAAAAGCGGCAUGUUGUCAGGGGUCAUUUCAACUCAAAGCAUAAAAUCAUCAGUGCUUUUGUCUGUUUAGGAAGUGACGAUGAGUACAGCGACGACGACGACAUGAGCUGGAAGGUGAGACGGGCCGCCGCCAAGUGUUUGGACGCCGUCGUCUCGACUCGUCACGAGAUGCUGCCAGAGUUCUAUCGCUCCGUCUCUCCUGCACUCGUCUGUCGCUUCAAGGUAACAUCACCUCUUUGAUUCUCUCUGCAUCUUGCUGGUAUCUGACGGCAGAGACUUUAAAAAGGACAGCGCUUAUGGAAACUGAUCAUGAAGAGUAAAGGGCCCGACCGAUAUGGAUUUUUUGGGGCCGAUACUGAAACAUUUUCCGAGUGAAACCAAAUCUUAUUCUCCGCAUUUUAUUUCUGAAAAUAUCGCCGACAAACAGCGAGUUUUGGCCGAUUACCGAUUAGUCUCAAACGGGCUAAAAUUGGCCGAUUGAAUUGGUUCGCUGAUAAAUCGGUCGGGCCCUAAUAAAGAGUCUAAAGCACUUUUUAAAAAAUGUAACGUCUUUCCAGUGACCAGCAGAGGGAGGUCACUAAGGUUAUCGAGAAGUUUGGUCAAAUGGAACCAGACAACAACUUACCAGCUGAUUUAUUCCAUUAGUGAACACUUUCUACACAAGUUUAUGGUCUUAAUCUGUAUUUGAAGCCUCUUUCAAUACAACGUAAUGUUAAUUUGGUAAAUUAUGGUUCAAGAGAGGUCACUCAGAUGUUAAUAUAGCAAUGCGUAUCCACCCUCCAAGUCCAAAUAUCUCCGCUUUGAUAUAUAAAAGGUCAAAAUGUGCGGCUCAAAGCUUUAAACUAUGACUCAUUCAAACUAAUCUGACCUUUUGAUCAGACAAAACUUUCCUCUAAGAUCUGAUCUGGGAAAUCCAGACUCCUUAAUCUGACUGGUUUUGAUCUGCGUGUCUUAAGGAGCGAGAGGAGAACGUGAAGGCGGACGUUUUCCACGCCUAUCUGUCACUGCUCAAACAGACACGACCGGCUCAGAGCUGGUUGGCUGAUCCAGACGCUAUGGAGCAGGGAGACACGCCGCUUACGAUGCUGCAGAGUCAGGUAAGGAUAUCAUCAAUGAUCUUUAAAAGCUAAAGAGCCAACGUACGAUCAAUAAUAGAUUAAUACUGAAGAACCAGACUUCAAGAUUUAUUGGCUGAACAGAAAAUCUACUACACGAAUCUUGGCUCUUGGCAGGUGGGAAUUUUGAAGCCUGUUAGAAAUUGUUCAUGUUUAAAGAAACAACUUAGAAGGACCAAUCAAAAAUCUUUUACCUCGAGUGAAUUCUACCUCUGCUAGUGAGUUUGCCCAAACCUCAGAACCUGCAGUUCUGCGUUUGUGCAGCAGGUGUUGCUGUUGUUAUCUCCCAGGACACUCAGCAUCCUGCCUCGACUGAACCAAACAGUAAAAUAGAGCUCCUUUCUCUCUCUCACUGUGUCCCCGUCUCUCGCCCGCUGCAGGUGCCGAUGAUCGUGAAAGCUUUGCACAAGCAGCUGAAGGAGAAAAGUGUGAAAACUCGUCAGUGUUGUUUCAACAUGUUGACCGAGCUGGUGAACGUUCUGCCAGGAGCUCUGACGCAGCACAUCCCAGUACUAAUACCAGGUAACAUCACUACUGACACGACUAAUACUACUCGCUGAAAAGCUCUUUGUGGGGAUACCCAUUCAAAAUACAAACUGAGGAUGUUUUUGAUUGUUUGAUUGUCAGUUUUUUUUGCUUCUUUUUGAGGCUCAUGGUCGAACAUUUAUGUUUCAGGUAUCAUCUUUUCUCUGAACGAUAAAUCCAGCAGCUCAAACCUCAAAAUCGACGCCCUGGCAUGUCUCCACGUCAUCAUGGUCACACACCCAGCUCACGCCUUCCACCCUCACGUCCCCGCCCUUGUCCCGCCUGUGGUGGCCUGCGUAGGAGACCCCUUCUACAAGAUCACCUCAGAGGCUCUGCUCGUCACUCAGCAGCUUGUGAAGGUGCGAGUCCAAAACCUUUAGGUUUAAAAAUUUCUCUCUGAACUCCCACUCGAUCCUGACCCGCAUUAUUUUCCCCUCCUCCAGGUGAUCCGACCUCUGGACAACCAAUCAGAGAGCUCCGACAGCUUCGACCCCUCCCCUUAUAUUAACGACCUCUUCACCUGCACAAUCAGACGCUUGAAAGCCGCUGAUAUCGACCAGGAAGUGAAAGAACGUGCCAUCUCCUGUAUGGGGCAGAUCAUCUGUAACCUAGGUAACACUACCUGUCAAUCAUACGCAUUGAUGUCAUCGCACAGUUUCCUGUGUUUCUUACUGGCUGAAUUUCUGGCGGUUUAGGAGACCGGCUGCCUGCUGAGCUGCCGGGAACGCUGCUGAUCUUUCUGGAGCGUCUCAAGAAUGAGAUUACCAGACUGACCACAGUGAAAGGUAAGCCCCCCUGGAGUUAGACACCCUGUAGAGAGAUGAAUGUUGCGACCGCUUGCUUCUCCAGUUAUACCAACUUUAGUAACGACCACAUGAUAGCAAUACACAGCGGUCUCAGGAGCCAUAAACAAACCUCAACCUAAACGCCACUCUAUAGCCACUAAUAAUGCUCAGAACAGCAACUAACUUCAUCAACAGUACAUAUAGGGUCCCAGCCACAGUAUUACCCACCAAACAUCUUUUUAGCUUUGCCUAAUUUCUUUAGCAAAGAGGCUAAACACGACUCACCUACUCUCUUCCAGCAGCCGCUUGUUUGUGGGGGACGCAGCUCAAGGAAGAAAAUUUGUGAUCAUUUCUUCAUGGAUACACAAUCAGACCGCGUCUGCAGUGCAAAAUGAUUAAUAUGGCGAUUAUUACUUCAAGGAAAUGACAAAGAAAUAAAUUUGUUAUAACUAGCGAAGCAGGUGGUCGACAACAUUCAUCUCUAACUUGGUGUGUUACAGUGUGUUUCACCCAAACUAAUUUUACGCCGGAGUAUCCCUUCAGUAGUUAGAAACUAGAUAGCUGCAUUUGCAUAUGUCGUCUCUAGGUUUUUGUGUCCAGUUCAGUCAUACCCUCCAAGUGUCCCUCCUCUUAUCUGUGAAUAUUUACCAAACAAAUGAACCUUAAAUUAAUCCCCUUAUGGAUGCUUAAUGUUGCAACAUCUCAGGAGAGUUUGUGUCUGAUUGUGACUCCCUGUGGACUUGAUGUAAAAUUAGACUUCCUUGAAAAUUCUGAGUUUUUGCACCCUGGAGGUGAAAUUCAGAGUUAUGUUUACACGGGCUCAACAGCACGGUCUCUGUGGACUUCAUAUCUUUACACAAACCAUUAAAUAUAUGAAUGAAAGCAAACAGAAGUCCAGAGUCAACAGGUUUGAUUUUAAAUUGAGUGGGGGAUAAAGAGGAGCUAGAAAAAACAGUUGUUCUGAGUCUGAUUGUUUGAGUUUAACACUCAUUUUUUGGGUAUCAGGUAUAAGCAAACUAUGAAAGAGCUUUUUAAUUGAGAUUAUAGCAGCACAAUACGUAUUAAAACUCUGAUACUUGAGUGAAAAAACAAAAAGUUCCUGAGAAGUCGGCUAAAAACAGACGCUCCCCAGAGAUUAACUGUCCUGAAGUUUAAAGAGUUUUGUUGUUGUUGUUGUUGUUCCUCUGAUAUCUAAACUGUGUUGUGUGUGUCUUUUGUCUAUUUGUGUUCAUGAAGCUCUGACACUGAUCGCUGGCUCCCCGCUGAAAAUUGACCUGAGGCCGGUCCUACCCGACGCUGUCCCUAUCCUCGCCUCCUUUCUUCGCAAAAACCAGCGAGCCCUGAAACUCUGCACGCUGGCUGCUCUGGACAUCCUGCUCAGAAACUACAGGUAACACGUGCACACACACACACACACACACACACACACACAGUCACAGUCACACACUCACACUUGUAAGCCUUCAGCCCCGCCCUUUCCCUGUUUUCUUCCUAACACUGUUUAUUUCCCAGCUCUGCGGUGACCCCCGUCAUGGUGGACGCUGUUCUGGCCGAGCUGCCCCCUCUCAUCUCAGAGAGCGACAUGCACGUGUCUCAGAUGGCGCUCAGUUUCCUCUCCACGCUGGCGGUGACUCACCCAUCCUCGCUGGGUCAGCUGAGUGGCGGGAACAUCCUGCAGCAGCUCAUUGCGCUGGUUCGAUCCCCGCUGCUUCAGGGAGGAGCACUUGCUGCUAUGCUGGACUUCUACCAGGUAAAAGAUCAGCACGGGAUUCAUUUAGACUUUUUAUUUCUUAAGAGCUUUGGAGUAGCACUUAGCAUGGCGGGUCCAUAAAUGUGAGGUUAGAGGACUUAGGAGACUGUGGUUAAGAGCUUUGGGACCCAGGGAAAGACAAUCCCUCGGGGAAAGUGUGGCAUCUAAACCCCCAAGUGUCUGGCAACUGUUAUCACCUGCGUUAGUCAUGAAGGCCCUGAAAGGUUGUUAAAUAAUGCUCCAAGAAAUACUUGACUCUAGUUCUUACUUCCUUUAGCUUUAAUAAUAGCGGUUGAAUUAUGUGUUCUCUGCGUGUUUGUGUUUAGGCACUGGUUGCCACGGAGACCCCUGGUCUGGGUUACAUGGACCUUCUGAGGAUGCUGACCGGCCCAGUUUACUCCCAGAGUGCGGCUCUGCCUCACAAACAGGCUUACUGCUCCAUCGCCAAAUGUGUCGCCGCUUUGACCCGAGCCUGUCCCACAGAGGGGCCCGCUGUGGUCGGACAGUUCAUCCAGGUGAGAUCACCUGUCUACUUUUCUAUCCGUGAGCCUCAGAUUAGAUCAGAGCCAGAGUUUAAAAGCUUUCUAUUCCCGCGCCAACAGGAUGUGAAGAACAGCCGCUCCACGGACUCCAUCCGGCUGCUCGCUCUGCUCUCAUUGGGCGAAGUGGGACAUCACGUGGACCUGAGCAGCCAACCAGAGCUGAAGACAGUCAUUCUGGAUGCUUUCUCCUCCUCCAGUGAAGAGGUAACAGCUGAUUUUUCCACCAAGAAGUGAUACUCAAAUCUAGGACUGUCUGCAUCCCACCUUUAUCUGCCACAUUAAACUAAACAAUAUGGUGUCUUACGCUUAUUUUUCCCCCUUUGUGGCUCAUAUUUCAGUCAGCAGAGGAGGACAUGUAGAUACCCACUUGUCACUUUUUGCAUUUGUGUCUCAGGUGAAGUCUGCGGCCUCGUAUGCAUUGGGCAGCAUUGCGGUGGGGAAUCUUCCGGAGUAUCUUCCUUUUGUCCUGCAGGAGAUCUCCUCCUCUAAGAGACAGUACCUGCUGCUGCACUCGCUCAAAGAGAUCAUCAGUGAGAGACAAUCACAAACAGUAUUUAUAAAAAGGUGCAUAAAAAAAGUGUGUGUGUUUGGUUUUAAUCUGUGUGUGUCUUUUGUAGGUUCGGCGUCUGUUUCCGGUCUGAAGCCGUACGUAGAAUCGGUCUGGUCUCUGCUGCUCAAACACUGCGAGUGUCAGGAGGAAGGAACCAGGAACGUGGUCGCAGAGUGUCUCGGGAAACUGACGCUGAUCGACCCUGAAACCCUGCUGCCCCGCCUCAAAGGAUACCUGCUGUCAGGUAACUUAUACCCAGGUUUCAAACUAUUAAAACUGAGGGGACAAACUGGGGCCUGGAGUCCUAACUUCAGCUCCUUUAAGCCAAUUAAAUCAAUUCUACUACUUCCUGUAUGUUGACAGAUUACUUUCAAGUAUUUAUCUACAAUUUUAACGUCAUUUUAUUGUGACCUUAAGUAUUUAACUGGUGAUUGAUAUGAAUGAUGUACUUAUUGAUCAUAAAUUUUUGUUUUUGCAUGUUUAGGUUCGUCGUACGCCAGGAGCUCAGUAGUAACAGCUGUGAAAUUCACGAUUUCUGACCAGCCGCAGCCCAUCGACCCCCUACUUAAGAACUGCAUAGGUAAACAUGAAUACCACUUUUUUUAUUGAUGAUCUGUAACUAGCAUUAAUGAUUGACUUUUUGCAGUGUCUCUUUAGAACAUGAAUAUUUACUAAAUGUCUCCCAGACCUUUUAGUUAAGGUCUUGUUUCUUGUCUGCAUUUCUGUGUUUUUUUGCAUUUGAAGUACGAGUUGUCCCUGAAACGACCCCCUACAUGGAUUAAUAGAGCUGCUUGAAUCAAAUAUGGGACUAAGUGUGCCUUUGUUUUCCCCUUGAGGUGAUUUCCUGAAGACACUGGAGGACCCAGACCUAAACGUACGCCGUGUCGCCUUGGUAACGUUUAACUCGGCGGCCCACAACAAACCUAGUCUGAUCCGAGAGCUGCUGGACUCGGUUCUACCACAGCUAUACAAUGAAACCAAAGUGAGAAAGGAGCUGAUCCGAGAGGUAAGAAGGACCACAGAUAAACAAACACAGCUGCUGUACACUAAACGGUAAACAGAUCAGCUGAUGGUGUUUGUGUGUUUAGGUGGAGAUGGGUCCAUUCAAACACACGGUGGACGACGGUCUGGACUUGAGGAAGGCUGCAUUCGAGUGCAUGUACACUCUGCUGGACAGCUGCCUGGACCGACUCGACAUCUUUACCUUCCUCAACCAUGUAGAGGACGGACUGAAAGACCACUAUGACAUCAAGGUAUGACAACAACAAAAAAAAAAAAAGAUUCACAGACACCUUAUAAAACGUGGCUCUGUAAAAUAUGAGUAAAAAUAGAGUUUAAUGGUGUUAAAAUCAUUGAAACUCUACAUUUAAUUGAUGGUGCCAGCAAUACAUGCUAGAUGUUUUCAUUGGAUGAUAAGUCAGGACUGCAGACAGGCCACUUUAGCAGCAGGACUCUUCCACUACAGAGCCAUGCUGCUGUAAUACCUGCAGAAUGUGGUUCGUCAUUGUCUCACUGAAAUAAGGUCUUCCCUGAUAAAAUCAUUGUCUGGAUGACAGCACAUGUCACUCCUAAACCUGCAUAUGUUGUUCAGCAUUAAUGAAACCUUCACAGAUGAGUAUUCUCUGCAGUUUUGUUUCAUGUUUGUUGUUGUUGUUCUUGUUGUUGUGUUAGAUGCUGACAUUCCUGAUGCUGGCCCGGCUGUCAUCUCUGUGUCCCAGCGCUGUUCUGCAAAGAUUGGACAGACUGGUGGAACCACUGAGAGCCACCUGCACAACCAAGGUUGGGAGACACACUUAACACAACACAUGCUACACAACACAUUGUGUAGCCAAAAUAAAAGAAACGGUCAAAUUUGGUUUGUGGGGGACUGGCCAUACCAACCCGAGAAAUGUCCAAUCUCGUCUGAUCUCGGAAGCUUAGCAGGGUUGGGCCUGACUGAAGACUUUUCCUGGGGAAAGUCCCGCCUCCUUCGCCUCUGAUUGGCUAGAAAAGCUGGAAAAGUCAUCACACGCUCAAGCCAAACAGUCAGCACUUACAGCCAAUCAGAGGCGAUAAGAUAAGCACAUGAAACUAUGGUAACAACCGUUAGCUUACGUUAGCACAGAUGAAAGUUAUAACAAAGGCGUUUAGCAAACUGUUAAAACACACAAACUAUCAUCAUAUGAGAGAUCCGACGCUAUGUUGUCCUUCAGGUCGUUAUCUUUGUAAUGUUUGUGUCUUUUAUCAUAAAGUACUCUGUUCUGCGACACGUAAACAAUCAGCCACUCUGCCAUGUUGGAUAUACCGAUGAAUCAGACGUCGCAACAACACGCAAUCUGAUUGGUCAGAAGUGGACACACAGUAUGUGAAACUUUAGAAAAAUCAACCGUGAUCCAAAAAAAAUAUAUGCCGCAAUAACGCAGGAUGGGAAAACGUUGUUGAUGUGAACGCUUGUAUUGACGGGUUACGGGUUUGAAAAAAAUAUUGACGUCCAAAAUAAUCGCACAAAAAAACGGUCCCGGUGUGAAAGGACCUUUUAAUAAAGAAAUAGCGAUAUAAAAACCGAGCUCUGGAUUGAUUUUCGAGUAAGAGUGUCUUCUGUCUCUCCACAGGUGAAAGCCAACUCUGUGAAGCAGGAGUUUGAGAAGCAGGAUGAGCUAAAGCGAUCGGCGAUGCGAGCUGUGGUGGCGCUGCUGACGAUCCCGGAGGCUGAGAAGUCGCCGCUGAUGUCAGAGUUCCAGUCCCAGAUCUCGUCAAAUCAGGAGCUGGCAGCCAUCUUCGACUCCAUCCAGAGGGACUCCAGCUCCGCCAACGUGGAGUCCAUGGACACCAGCUAAAGAGAUGGACUCAAAAGAUUCCCACGAUGCAACACGGCACCACCCGCUGCUGGAGCGCUAACCCCGCAGCAUGUUUCCAUGACAACAGGACGUAAAUACACACGCACACACAUACAUGACAAAAAUACACACACACUUGUAGUGACACACCCUCUCCUAGCGAUCGAUCGUUCCAUGAUGCAUUGCACUGAAUUCAGCGGUUGGAAGAGAACGGAAAAGGACUGAUGUACGGCAAACACACACAGACAAAAUGGACAAAAACAAGAACAAAAAAAAUUAUUCCAGAAAAAUAUGUUCCAUACGAAGCUUGGAAGCUCCUUCCACUUCCUGUUUCUUUUACUAGCGAGGUUGUCUGAUUGGCCAAUCUCCUUGUUCAUCUACAUUCUUUUUUUCUUUUUUUUUUUUUUUUUUGUUUCUUAUAAUUUCUUUUAAGUUACUAGAAAGUUCCACAGGUACUGUUACCUGAUUGGCCGCUGCUGAGUGACUAACAGUUGGCGUGUUAAACUGACCAAUGGGAAAAUGGCCUUUCCUGCCUAAGGCUGAGGUGACCAAUGGGAGAGGGGCUCACUCUGUUUUUUUGCGAAUGAUAAAGGAAACUGAAAGGAUGCUCUGGGGUGAUGAGAGGUGGGCGGGGUUUUACUGUUUGUGGACCAAUCAGAUACUUUGUUUUCCCAUGGUUCCCUGGUGAGGGAAAAGGAGAGCUUGUAGGACCAGGUUCAACCUGACCAGACCUGAUUGGAAGAUAUUGAAGACCUGUGUGGCUGUUGCUAUGGUAGCACAGCGUGUGUAAAAUUAUGUAACAAUAUUCCUGAUAGGCUGGUGGGCUGUUAUGAACUGGUUCAGGCCGGUCAUUACUGGUUUGGUAUUGUGUUCUAGUCUAGUUUUAUUUGGUGAAACACGGUCCAGUCUGGUUUAAUCUGGUUCAGUCCGGUCUGGUCAGGAUUAUCCACUGUUGUUUAUUGCCCAAGAAAAAAAUAAAAAGGUCCAUUUCUGCCUGCCUUCAUACUCUGA